AUGCAAAACCCACCACCACCUCCUCCAGCCGGUUCAGCCUCUGAUGCAUUCUCGCAGAUGCCAGUCAAGGUGAUCCCAGGACAGACAUCAUCAGCAACUCCUGGCGCUUACCCACCACCCCCAGCGCCAGGCCAACAAGGUUUGUAUCAACCCCCCGCCGCCGGAGGCUAUCCUCCUGCCGCUGGAGGCUAUCCCGCUCCCGGACAACAACAACCAGGUGCUUACCAGCCAGGUUACUACCAAGCAGGUCAACAGGGCGCAUACCCACCACCACCAGCUCAAGGUCAGCCAGGUGCAUACCCACCACCACCUCCAGGUCAGCAAGGCGCAUACCCUCCACCACCCGCUCCAGGUCAGCCAGGAGCCUAUCCACCACAGCAGCCAGGUCAGCCAGGCGCCUACCCUCCACAACAGCCAGGUCAGCCAGGCGCAUACCCACCACAGCAGCCAGGCCAGCCAGGCGCUUAUCCACCACAACAGCCAGCCAGGUCAGCCAGGCGCCUACCCACAAGAGCCUAUCCAACACCUGGCGCUGCUAAGCCACCAGGAGCGUACCCACCUGCUCCAGGUCAGCCCGGUGCAUACCCACCCGGUCAGCCAGGUCAGCCAGGAGCUUACCCACCAGGUCAGCCAGGCCAGCCAGGCGCCUAUCCACAGCAGCCAGGUCAGCCAGGAGCUUACCCUCCAGGUCAGCCAGGCCAGCCAGGAGCAUACCCUCCUGGUCAGCCAGGUCAGCCAGGAGCUUACCCACCAGGUCAGCCAGGCCAGCCAGGAGCUUAUCCAGGUCAGCCCGGCGCAUACCCUCCAGGACAGCCAGGAGCAUAUCCUCCAGGUCAGCCAGGAGCAUACCCAGCCGGUGCCUAUCCAGCUGGAGCUAAGCCACCAGCAGGCGCAUACCCACCAACUGGAGCUCCAGGUGCUUACCCACCAGGUGCCCCAGGUGCCUACCCAGCCGGUGCUCCAGGUGCUCCAGGCGCAUACCCAGCCGGUGCUCCAGGUGCCUACCCAGCAGGCGCUCCAGGUGCUUACCCACCAGGUGCUCCAGGUGCUUACCCAGCAGGUGCCCCAGGUGCAUACCCAGCAGGUGCUCCAGGCGCUUACCCAGCCGGUGCUCCAGGAGCUUACCCAGCAGGUGCUCCAGGUGCUUAUCCAGCAGGUGCCCCAGGUGCUUACCCACCAGGAGCUUACCCAGCAGGUGCCCCAGGCGCAUACCCACCAGGUGCUGGCUAUCCAGCAGCAGGUGGCUACCCACCCGCCGUCGGAGGCUAUCCAGGCGGUUACCCCGCUGCCGGCGGCUACGGCGCUGCUCAGUCGGCCGUCUACGUUCGCCCAACGUACUCAUACUCCACACCAUACUCUAGAACUGCCGCCUUCAUUCUGCCGGUCGGCCUGCCCUCCAACCUGCACGCCAAGUUCAUGCAGGCUUCCGCUGCCUUCCGUAUCCACGACUCCAACUGCAAUGGACGUUUGAACAAGAAGGAGUUCAAGCACGUCCUCAAGCAUCUAGGUUACCACAUGUACAAGGGACAGGUCAAGAUGUUGUUCUACCAAAUCGAUUCCAACUGCUCUGGCAGCAUCGAUGAGAGAGAGUUCUGCGAGUGGUACGUCACACACGUUCCAUCCUAUGGAUAUUAA